AUGAAUACAAUCUUUCCAGAACCACAUAUCCACCUCCCCCAAGGCCCCCACACCCACACAGCCAUUCUCCUCCACGGCCGCGGCAGCAACGGCCCCGAAUUCGCCGAGGAACUCUUCUCCUCCUCGACAUCGUCGGGCCAAAAUCUGCCCUCACAACUCCCAACCUGGCGCUGGGUAUUUCCCACCGCCAAAGACCGCUGGAAUGAUCGCUUCCAGGAAGAGCUAUGUGCCUGGUUCGAUGCCCAUUCUUUAGAUGAUAUCACUGAGCGCCAGGAAUCUCAAAUUCCCGGCUUGCAGGAAUCUGUCACUUAUAUCCUUAGUAUCCUGGAAAGGGAAAUCGAACUUCUUGGUGGUAGAACUACGCAUGUGUAUCUAGGAGGAAUUAGUCAAGGUAUGGCAACUGCAUUAUGGAGUUGGUUUUGCGCGAGUUGCAGAGUAACGGGCAGAUUGGGGGGAGUUCUGGGAUUUUGUGGUUGGUUGCCAUUUGCGGAGAGGUUUGAGAAUAGGGGUCUGGAUGGGGGGAGACGCAUGGUUGAGUUUUGUUCUUCGGUUGUGGGUGUUUCAGUGGGUGAGGAUAUGAGGGUUUUGCACACGCCGCUGCUUUUGGGCCAUGGGACGGAUGAUCCGAUGGUUUCGGUGCAGUUGGGGAGGCAGGUAGUUGGGAUUAUGAAGCGGGCGGGGAUGGAGGUCGAGUGGAUGGAGUAUGUUGGGGCGGAAGGGGAUGAACAUUGGAUUAAGGCGCCGGACGGGUUUGAUGCCAUUUUGAGGUUUUUUCAGUCCGGAAGUGGAGGUGUAAAUGGGAAGUGA